GCCGCGAGGUAACGCUGGUGAGACACGCGCAGCGUCUGACGCGCGCUUCCUCAGGCGCGCGCUGGUCGAUGGAAGAGCAUCAGUCAAUUACUCAGGCUUCUCGCGGGUACCGUGUGACGGCCGUGGCGGAAUCACCCUCAUACCCUUCAUAAAACUGCCGGCAAUACAGUAAUAACUGCAUUUCCUCGGAAGAUGGUAGCAAAACAGAGGAUCCGAAUGGCUAACGAGAAACACAGCAAAAAUAUUACACAGCGGGGUAACGUGGCGAAGACACUGCGACCGCAGGAGGAGAAGUACCCCGUGGGCCCCUGGCUUCUGGCGCUCUUCGUAUUCGUCGUUUGUGGAUCAGCCAUCUUUCAGAUCAUACAGAGCAUCAGGAUGGGGAUGUGAGCCCAACACCGCACGGUACGCUUCCCUCCUGCCACCACCAGGGGGCUGGGCGGCUGAGCAGCAGGACGCAGGGGCUGGACGCUCCUCCCACAAGGACCUGAUGCAGGGAGCUAAAGACAGGGGGGCAGGGGCAGGGCCUCGUUCAUGCCGCCAUUCUUUAUUCAGCCUGGGGGGGGGGCGAGAAUUGACCUAGUCCUGUUUGGGGUUGGGUGGGUGUUGCUCAGUUCACCGCUGUAUUAAUUCUCCAAAGAUUCAUCAUAGGCACCUUGUUAUAAUCAGAGAGAUGCACCUGUCCAUUGUUAGCAAUGGCGCUACCACGCUCCUGUAGUGCUCCGCAGGGUGGGGGGGGCGAUGGGGCUGACGAUUCUGGGAGCCUGCAGCUGGAGAGGGCCCACAACAAUUCCGUCACUUUUUAAAAACAAGAGAAACUAAUUUAAGGGGGCGCAGAAUUCCACAGCCCUCAUACUCUAGCCUGUGGGGGGAGGGGGGGCUGUCCUCACAGGCCGUAGUCAUGGUUUGAUAUUUGAAGCCCCAGCGCCUGUGUACCGUUAUGGCUCGUAACUUCAAAUGGGAAGGUGGGCCACAAGAGGCCUUGUGAUGGCCAUGGCCAGUGAGGACAGCCCCUGUGUGUGUGUGCAUGUGAGUGUGUGCGUGUGAGUAUGUGUGCAUGUGUGCGUGUGAGUAUGUGUGCGUGUGUGAGUGUGUGUGAGUGUGUGCGUGAGAGUGUGUGUGAGUGUGUGUGAG